AUGACUAUCCUGUACCUCCUCUUACUAUUUGGCUACGGUGGAACAGUGCCAUUAACCAAAACACGAAGUCUAUUGAAACGAGAAAUUGUCGAAAAUUCAGUGGAUGGCCACGUUCAUCAUCGGUACAAAGAUGUGACGAUACCAUCUCCCUGGUCCUCGAAAUCUCAACUUUCCGGCGAGACAUUGAAUCAAAAGAUACGCCGCAACAAAUUGUUGAUGAGUCUCCCAAUGUUUCAAAUCGAAAGCGUGCCAACUGAAAGACCGAUUUUCACCAAAAUCAAUGAUGACAAGAAGCCAAUGCUUUUCCCCGCCUCUCUAAAACGCCCAAAAUACGUCGUCACAGAUGACAACUUCGAUCGAUUAUAUCAGAAGAUGAACAGUUCGGUCGAGGUCUCGACGGCUGGGGAUCCGGAAAUUGAGCUUGAUAUUGGGAAAGCGCCCACCAGCAAGGAGCUGCGAGUGUUUAGGAAGACAGGGGUGGACAUUAGGAAAUCGCCAACCGGUCGUGGCCUUGCCGAUCCCGCCGUUCCGGACGCCGCCAAAGAAGAUUUCAGCACUGAAGACAAAUUGAGCCAUUCCCUUGAUGAUCAGUACCCGGAUGAGAACGAGGAUAUGCCAUUCUCGGUCACCGAAUCUGUGGUCAACAUGUUGGAAUUUGCCGCUGCCGAAACGACGACGAUAUCUUCGGAGCUGCCGACAACAAUUCAGGGUCUAGAUAGCAGCCCGCCAGCCCCUCCAAGCGACAAUGAGGCCGUGAUGGGCAUGGGCCGAUACGGUGAUUCCGAGCUGCCAACGACCGUGGAUAGCUUCGAAUCCACAACCGUACCUACGACCAGUCAUGAGUAUCAGUACGCAAUUAAGGGUGACGAUGCUACAGAUGCCGCCCCACCAGCCUCUGAAUACCAUCGAUUAGAGGUGCUGGGGCACAGCCCAGUUUCGCCGGCCGAUGAACCGCUAUUACAACCGCCGCCGGCCAGUCCAUACGAAGGGAUACGACGAAACCCCUACGAAUUCGAGGGCACUGCUUUAUUGGACAAGGCCUUUGAUCGUGAAGAUAACAACUUGGGAUUGACGGCCCCGAUUUAUGAAAAGGAGGCCGAGUUCACAGUGACGAGGGAUCCGAGUGGCCGGGAUCGGUAUAUCGUCAGCGGGACGAGCAUCUAUCGAGAUUCACGAGUGGAUGGGACGGUUGCUGGGAUAUAUGGCCCAAGCUACUACGAAUAUCGCCCCGAAUCAGAAUCACAUGAAUCCGACGAAUCUGGAUUUUUCGAUGGAAGUGUUGAAAAGAGAGCCCGUGGUGAAAAGAGCCUUCCCGUUGCCAUCCCAUUGAGCAAGGACUACCUGACAAUGAUCAACGACGGCCAAAUCGAUCCGUCGAAUCGGGAAAACUAUGAGAAAUCAAAUCAACUCGACGCCGAUAUCCCGACGAUCUACAUGCACCGGAAUGGGUCCAAAGUGGUAGAGGAACGGCGGGAACUCAUCAAUGGCAAGGAGGUGAGCGUAAAUUUGACGAACCCGGUUCUGCAUGGCCACGACUUGUUGCUGGACCCGGGCGCGAUAAUCCAUGCAAAUUUGAAUAUACCGAGAAUGCGCUACAAGAUGCGAGGGGCCAAAACGCAAAUUCUGCCCCCGGACGAGGGAUCCCUCAGCUUAUCAAAAGCGAAGUUCGUCGGGUUGCAGGGGUCAGAUGUGAAGAAGACGUCAAAGGAGUUGAUCUUACCGUUUUAUGCCAAGGAGUUGUUUAAU